UACGUCGCUGCAAUCCUGUGCUUCAGAGUUUCCCUGGCUGCCUGCUGGGGGGGGCAGGCAGGAAGGAAUCUGCUUUCCCUGAUGAUUGCCUUGCCCUUUGGAAGCCUGUUUGGACCCUGACAGGAUGGAGACCGGCCACAGCUAGCUGUGGGAGAGUCCUGGACCUUUCGACCAUCCAGCCUUCUCCGAGGUGAUGACUCCAGUCCCCUGAGACGUUGGAAAACCUAGUUUGGAAGAAGAAUAAAGAUACAGUUGAUGCUGAACUACAGCCAAGGAUGAAGCGACGAGCAUCAGACAGAGGAGCUGGGGAAACAUCCACGAAGGCAAAAGCUCUUUGUACAGGGAUUUCUGGAAAUAAUGCCAAGAGAGCAGGCCCUUUUAUACUAGGUCCACGUUUAGGUAACUCCCCUGUGCCAAGUAUUGUUCAGUGUUUGGCAAGAAAGGAUGGGACAGAUGACUUUUAUCAGCUGAAGAUUCUCACUUUAGAAGAGAGGGGUGAUAAAGGAAUAGAAACCCAGGAGGAGCGACAGGGCAAGAUGCUGCUGCACACGGAGUAUUCUCUCCUUUCCCUGCUCCAUAACCAGGAAGGAGUGGUUCAUCACCAUGGGCUCUUUCAGGACCGAGCUUGUGAAAUUAUAGAAGAUCUAGAAGCAAACAGAAUGGUCAGGAAGAUGAAGAAGCGCAUUUGUCUCGUGUUAGACUGUCUCUGUGCCCAUGAUUUCAGUGACAAAACAGCAGAUCUGAUCAAUCUGCAGCAUUAUGUCAUUAAAGAGAAGAGACUCAGUGAGCGGGAGACGGUCGUGAUAUUUUAUGAUGUGGUACGAGUGGUAGAAGCAUUACAUAAGAAGAAUAUUGUGCACAGAGACUUGAAACUAGGAAACAUGGUGCUAAACAAAAGGACUCAUCGAAUAACCAUAACAAACUUCUGUCUUGGGAAGCACCUGGUGAGUGAGGAUGACCUGCUGAAGGACCAGCGAGGGAGCCCUGCCUACAUCAGCCCCGAUGUGCUCAGUGGACGGCCAUACCGUGGCAAACCCAGUGACAUGUGGGCUUUGGGAGUGGUGCUCUUCACCAUGCUCUAUGGGCAGUUCCCCUUCUACGACAGCAUACCUCAGGAGCUCUUCCGCAAAAUCAAGGCUGCCGAGUACAACAUCCCUGAGGAUGGACGGGUCUCAGAAAACACUGUGUGCUUGAUCCGAAAGCUGCUGGUCUUGGAUCCGCAGCAGCGUCUGACAGCUUCUGAAGUGCUGGACUCCCUCAGCUCCAUCAUAGCAUCCUGGCAGUCAAUGUCCUCGCUGAGUGGCCCUUUGCAAGUGGUGCCAGACAUCGAUGACCAAGUGGCUAACCCAGAAAACCCUCAAGAGGUGAAGGUGACGGAGGAGUGCUCACAGUACGAGUUUGAGAACUACAUGAGGCAGCAGCUGCUCUUGGCUGAGGAGAAGAACACAUUGCAUGAGGCCAAGAGCUUCCUGCAGAAGCGGCAGUUUGGGAACAUCCCCCCAGUGCGGCGCCUGGGCCACGAUGCUCAGCCCAUGAACCCUUUGGACGCAGCCAUCCUGGCCCAGAGGUACCUGCGGAAGUAGCUUCCUCCCCACCGAGAGCACAAGCACCAUCCUGCAGUCUGCCUUUCACGUCGCCUACUACAGCCCAACAGCAAUACCCGUGUCCUGUGAUGGAGAAUAAUGUAGCAAUCCUUCUGAGCUCUGUUCAGGGACACACUCACUCUGGAGGGAGAAGACUUUUGGGAAACGCUGGUUUUGGAAGCAACAACCUCUUGGCAUCUUGUGGAAUCUGGUUUUAAAUCGAAGCCUAGAUGACUAAUCUGCUUUUAAUCACAACUGUAAUCUACCUCUCUUGUCUUUUUAACCAUGCUGUUCUCUGGAUGGAGCAAAGCCUGUGGGAAAGGAGAAGACACCCGAGGGUGAAGCCGGUUUGCUGGCCCCAGCCGCGGCUGUGCCGGUGCAGAGCCGGCUCCUGGCGCUCGCUCCGGAUGGUUUGAAUAAGCUCAGAUUGGGGUUUCUCAAGAGGAAGAACUCCUUGAAACCUCCCCCUUCAUCUGCAUCCGAUCUCUCUCCUGUCCCCCAUGUGCCACUGCUGUGGCUGUGGUGUCUGACCCUGCAGCACACCAAGGCCUUCGUGGUCCCUGGUGUCACCAGGGCAAGGAUGGGCUCUUGUCCUCAGUUCUGAGGUUCUCCAGGACUUGGCCGCCCGUGGCCCCAUUCCCCCUUUCACUGAUUCUUUAGUUCCAUAAGGAUAUGAUUUAAUCUUAUUUUUCAGUAGCUUACCUAAGGUGCAGUUAAAAUUGCAUUAAUUCUGAUUUAGCAUUUUCACACUUCAGUUGUGGUACAGAUAUAAUAUAUGAGUUAUAAUGUGAAAAAGCUUCCCAAAAUAAUCCGCCUAGAAUUAGGAAGGGGCUGGCUGCAGUCUCUGCUGUGUUUGCUCCCCAGCUUAUCUUGCCAUCCCAGCCCCACCACACACCACCCCACAGUGCUGAGGUGGGAGAAGGAGGUCCCAGUUUGUCACCCAAUGGCACUGGGAGAGCGUUUGCCUGUGCUGAGAACAGGAACGGUUGUUUCUGAGCCUCAUUUAGUGAACUGGAUGCCUGUCUUGCCAGACAAACUGUUCUCACACACAGGGCUCCUUGCUCAAGGCAGCGCUUCCCUGGCUGCCUCCGGCCCCUGCUCCCAGCUCCAGCACUGGGAAGUGUGGGAGCAGGGGUGGGAAAAGCUGUGGGGUUGACCCUGUUGUGUGGGGCUGACCCUGUUGUGUGGGGCAGCUCCAGCAGGGAGCGAGUAGCAGAUCUCUUUGUAGCGUGUUGUUGCCUUCUCUUGCCCCGGGCUGGUGACGGGGACUGUGUCUAAGCCUGGGCCAGCUACAGGUGUCCUUGUGGGGAUAAAGGGAUUGACCUGAACCUCCUUGGCAGCAUCGGGCAUUACAUCCUGCCUGCGCCCUGGCAGCGGGCAGGGACUCUGAACACUAAUGCAGACCCCACCAGUGGCCCCAGCCCCAGCUGAGCCAGUAGCCUCAAGUCUUAGCCUUAUUUAUUGUACCGGUGGGUCUGGCCCCGCACACCCCAAUGGGUGCCCAUCGCCCCCCCUGUGCCACCAGCAGCAGCACAGGGACUCCCCCCCCUUAGGGUCCUGCUCUCUCCAUCUGGUUUCUCCUCUCUUGCCCCCCCUCUGUUGUUGUUGUUGUUGGUUUGUGCCCCAAAGUUAAAGCAAUACUGGGGGGGGGCUCUGCAAGGCUGAACCAUGCCCAGUGUCCCUGCGCACCGGUCACCAGUAACUGGCGUGUAUUGAACUGGAAGAGGGGAGGCAGGAGGGGCCGGGGGGGGGGACGGAGCCUGUUGUAAGAGUUAAAAAGAGAAAGAAAACACAAACCCAGAGGAAAACCUCUUUGUAUAAAGAUGUUAUUUUUGUACAACAUGGACCCGACCCCUGCAUGGUGGCAAUAAAACUUCAUACCUGA